ACUAACUUUUACAUAUUUUAGCAUUUGUCAUCACCGUCACCUGACAGAUGACAGUUCAAUUCACUGAAAAUUUGAUUAAUUUAAAUGCUUCUGUCGCAUUUCCUCCCUCCUCCUUCCAUGAUCCAUCUGGGUUCUUGAAGGUGGCUGCAAAAGACUCACAAAUUCAAAGAAGCAGAAGAAUUGUGAUCUGGGUUCUUCUCUCCAUAAGCUAAACUCCAGGUAAGUAAUUAAUUGAUUAAUCAUAUAAGCACCAAAAUCUUUUCAUCUUAUAAGAAUCCUUUCGGCUAUCAGCGCCUUAAUUCGUUAUAUUCAAAGGUCGAACUUAUAAUUCUUGACAAGAUUUCCGGAAAUCGUUUCUCCAUUUAUAAAAAUAUGUGAGUUGUUUUCAUGCUUCAAUAAUUAGUGCAAAUGUAUCAUUUUGAAGUUAUGUUUUUAAGUUUGGAACACAAAUUGUGCUAUUAAUUAAAGUUUUUGAGAAGAGUUUCAUUGAUCAUUGCUCAAACUUGUUGCUUAGUUCAUUGAUGCAUAUUUGAAUUAUCAGCAGAGAAAUGUUAGAUCUAGUUUGUAAGUAUAUUGUUGACGAAACUUUUUCGUCCAUUUACCAUUUUCUUACAAAGAAGAUGAUCAAUCUGGAGGUCAACUCUUCUUCCUGGCAGGUCUAAUUAGCUGCUAUGGAUCCUUUUCGAGCAAGAUGCUUAUCAUUCACUCCGCCAGAUACAACAUUGCAGCUUGGGAGUAAAAACUACCCAUCAAUUUCCAAUCCUGCAGAUAUCCAAAUUUCUUCAAAGGCCCCUAAAGCUCCAUUAUUUGCAAUUAAACCUACCUCCAAUUCAUCCACAACUCAGUUGAUUUCAUUUGGGAGCUCAUCAAGCUCAUCUUCAACCUUCAGGACUAACGACGCCGGAAAAUCUGGUUCAAACCUUAUAAGAUUGAACACGAGAUUUGUUGCAAGUACCGAAAAGAGGAAAGAUCUUGUCCCAGCAAUGAUUAGCUUCAAGAAGAACAGUAAUAUGCAGUUCUCUGCAUCUGCCUCGAGCAGUAGCAGUAGUUCUUCAUCUUCCUUGGACUUGGAAGAACUUCAACACUUCCCAGUUACUGUGAAGAAAGUUGUUAGGACUCCAUACCAAGCCAGAUAUCAUGUUAUGUUGGAACGAAAGAGACGAGAGAAGCUUUCCCAACGAUUCAGGGCUCUGUCUCAAUUACUCCCUGGCCUCAAAAAGUAUGACAAGACAUCUGUCAUUGAGGGAGCUAUUGAUCGUUUGAAAGAACUUGAAGAAAGAGUGAAACAGACAACCGAAGAAUUAAGGUUGCUGAAAGGGGAAAUGGAUGCAGAAUCUGUUCACAGUACAGAAAACUCUGCGAUUGCCAGUCGUUUCCAUGAAGUUGAAGAUGAUGGGGAUGAAGAUGUUGAUGAUAACAAUGAUCAUGAGGAAGAGGAGGAGGAUGCGGAAGAUGAUCAGCCAUCUAUGAAGAAAAGGAAACUCCAAACAUCUAAAGGAUAUGUGGUGGUAGAAUUCGAGUGUAAGAAAGAAACCAUGGAAUUAAUUAGAGAAGAAGAUAUCGCAAGUGAGAUCAUAAAGCUAGAUUUAACUCCUGCACGUACAAAGAUUACCCCUUCUGGAGAUGCCAUGGUUUCUGUCUCCAUAGUAGCCGAGAUCAAUGGAGGGUGUAACCUGACGGAAGUAGAAAUUACAAAUAGGAUACAGCCAGCUCUGUUAAAGCUCAUCAGUGCCUGAAGUGAAGACAUAUACAUGCUAUAACUCCGAAGGAAGACAGAUGAGAAAAACAUAGCUAAAUUGUGUAGUACAAGCAGGAAAACUAUUGGAUUGUAGAUUAUUACUUGUUAUUUUUCAAUCUUUACAAUGAACUCAUACAAGAUUGGGGCAAACUUGAAUCAAUUAAGUUCACAUUCUCUAUAACAUGUUUUUUGGCUG